AUGCCCAAGAAGUUCAGUUUUCCACACAUGAAGAUGUUUGACGGCGCAUCCGAUCCAGACGACCAUAUAGCUCAGUACCGUCAAAGAAUGUUCACCAUUGCUAUUCCUCGUGACAUGAGGGAGGUGUGCAUGUUUAAGGGGUUCGGUUCUAGCCUAAUAGGAUCAGCCCUCCAGUGGUAUACGAAUCUUCCUAAUAAUUCAAUUAGUUCUUUUGCUCAACUAACGGAUGUUUUUGUUCAACAGUAUGUAAACAACAGAAAAUUAGAGAAAAUCUCAGAAGAUUUGUACGCUAUUGUCCAAAGGCAUGGCGAACCUCUUUGGGACUACAUCGGACGCUUCAACAAAGAGAAAGUAUCAAUCACCAACUGCAGCGAACAAACCGCUGUCACGGCCUUCCGUAAGGGCCUUCUGCCAGGAUCAGACUUAUACAAGACCCUUACAAAGUAUCCAUGUAAGACCAUGGAAGACGUGUUGAUCCAGGCUUGGGCUCAAAUUAAAUGGGAGGAGGACCAGUACAACAUGCAGAGAAUCUUCCUGUUAGAGAGGCCUGAAAGAGACUACAGGGUGGACAGGAGGUCCGGGCGUGACAGUCGUGACAGACGAACUGAGCCCUACACUCCAUCUCAAAGAGGAAACAAAGGGCGAAGGGAUUACGAUCAAGCGCCAAGUACGGGCCCGCGUGAAAGAACAAAACUCCCAGAAUACCUUCUAUCCAUUUCACCCGUGGAGGCUGUAACAACUUUGAUGAACCUUGGCGAUAAAGUCAGAUGGCCGGAGAAAAUGAGAGCUCCUCCCGUCCAAAGAGACAGAUCAAAAUGGUGUGAUUUCCAUAGUGACCACGGUCACCGCACGGAUGAAUGCAUCACGCUCAGACUGGAGGUGGCAAACUUAUUGAAAAAAGGGCACCUCACCGAUUAUUUGACCGACAAAGGCAGACAGACCCUGCAACAGGCGAGGGAAAGACAAGAAAAGCACAGGGAUGAUGCCCCGCCAAACCCACCACAUCAUGAGAGAAUUGUGAACGUGAUAUCCGUAGGUUCCGAAGUCAGCAGAGUCACUCACUCAGCCACCAAGAGACACACUAGAUCAAGCAAAUCAGGAGUUCCGCCUUCAGGCAAAGCGGGACCAACGGAUGCAACUCUAACAAUCAGUUUUGCAACAUUCGAAUCAGACAAGCUUCUACACCCUCAUCAUGAUGCUUUAGUUAUUUCCACUUACAUUGCUAACUGUUUAACUAAGCGUGUGCUAAUAGACAAUGGUAGCUCUGCCAAUAUUCUAUUUUACAGUGCAUACAAGGAGAUGAGUUUAGGCAAGUCCAAACUAAUCAAGAAGGCUGCCGUGCACGUUGGCUUCAGUGGCUAG